GUUAUUAUAACAUCUGUAUAUAACAUUACUGUAUUCCAAGUGCAAAUAUGCUGCAGAAAUGUGUACUAUCCUACAAAAUAUUUGGAAUUUGAUGCAUUUGAGGCAUUUUAUUGAUUCAUAAUUAUUGUGGACUUGCUUAUCCACACAUAUAUCCUGUGUUAAAUAUGGAAUGGCAGCUAAGAUAGACAAGCAUAAGAAGAAGGGCCGCUCAUCAGAAUGGUCCAAAUCUGGGAGCUUCAUGAACAAGCCAGAUAGGGGCUGGAUUCAUCCGGACUUCCAGCUGGAUAAAGAGGCAGGGAUCUGUUAUGGAGUCCGAUAUAUUGGUUGUAUUGAAGUCAAAGAAUCCAUGAGAUCUUUAGAUUUUGAAACAAGAACAGCCCUUGCCAGGGAGGCAAUUAACAGAGUGUGUGAGGCAGCUGGUCUGAAAACAGCGAAAAAGAGAAAGGUUGAUAAAAAGUUGACAAAGAUGUUGGGUGAGAAGCCUAUUCUACAGUACGCUGGGUCUAAUGUCAACCUGACAAUAUCUACUGAGUGUCUCAACCUCAUGAUCAUGGAAUCAGGAGAGAUAAUUGCCACUCAUCAGAUGCCCGGGAUAUCAUUUGCCUCAGGAGGGGAUGCAGAAACCCUCGACUUUGUGUCCUAUGUAGCUAAGGAUUUGGUAAAUGGCCGUGCCUGUCACGUGUUGGAGUGUGGAGGCGGGCUGUCAGAAGAUGUCAUCACAACUAUUGGACAAUCAUUUGAACUGAGAUUCAAGGAGUACCUGAAAAAUCAACCCAAAGCCAUGGAGAUUCCUGACAGGUCUGAGGGUCCUCUGGCUGAAUCGGAUGCCUGGGGAGAUGAUGAGACAGAGAACGAGUAUUAUAACGACCGUCCUGAUGCACGCGCACCCUCACCUCCCAUCUCUAAAGCACCACUGGCUGAAUACGCCACUCCCCCCUCAAACCUCCCCGUCAGUGAUGGAGUAUACUCCUCUGUGAAGGACAAACCCUCUGUGUACGACACUCCAAAGGAACAGCCUCUCAUUGAUCUGUCUGACAACGGGGCCAUUGUGUACGAUAAUAAAGAAAAUUCCACUUCUCCAGAAUUCAAACCCAAUAUGUAUGAUAACAAGGAGAAUGUUCUAUCCGAGCCCUCUGUGAGGAGUCCCCCCUCUCCCAGCAUUCCGGACAAUAUACCAGAUGUCCCUCCCCCCAGGAUCAGGGAACCAGUUAAGCCGGUAGAGGAUCCAUUUGACUUGGAACCCUUCAGUGCUGAAUUGCCUCCACCAAGAAACAAAUCCCAACAAAAUGGUGUCCACGAAAAACCCAUCGAAGACAAAGCGGUCUGUGACACCCUCCCACCCUUAAAAGAAAAUCCCCUGCCUACCAAUCUGAAGAGCAUCUCCCCAAUGUUUGAGGAAUGGUAUCAUGGAGCCUUACCCAGGAAACAGGCAGAGAAGCUUCUACAAAAGGAUGGAGACUUCCUAGUCAGAAAGAGUUCAUCUGACCCCAAUCAGUUUGUACUGAGUGGUAGACAGAAUGGCAUGAUCAAACAUUUAUUGUUGGUGGAUCCAGAUGGAGUGGUCAGAACCAAGGAUCAUACAUUUGAGAGUGUGCCUCAUCUCAUUUCUUAUCACAGGAGUAAAAACUUUCCCAUCAUCUCUCAGGAGAGUGUGCUAUAUUUGGUUCGACCAAUCAGCAACAAUUACACAAACUGCUGACCAAUGAAUACCCUGAAGACAAAGCCAUUCAAAAACAAUCAAAUGGACCAGUG